AUGCAGUCUGUAAGUGAUUUAACCAAAUUUACGGAGCAGUUCAGUCCGGCCGGAGGACCUUAACUGAGACGUUAGAGGAGGGCAGUUUUUGUAAAUUUCUUUUUCCGUCUAACUCUCCACCUCGCCGGAGCCGAGCCCCGAUUCCAGAUGGUCUAUUACCUGCUCUCCUUUUCGGCGGAGCUGGAGAACCUCACGGAUCUCCAGCCUCGCGGUGGCUGCGACGAUCCAACCUACCCUUACUACUUCAAGGUGAAGUGCGAGAGCUGCGGGGAAGUCAGUGCGAAGGAAACGUGCGUCAUGAUCUCUGAAGAGGUUCCGCUGCCCACUGGCCGGGGAACUGCUCAUCUGGUGCAGAAGUGUAAACUGUGUGGAAGAGAGGGAACCAUACAGAUGAUUACAGGACAGGGUCAGCCAUUGACUCUGGAGCAAAGUCAGAAAGAAGAAUUCGCCAAGUUGAUGAUUUUUGAUAGCAGGGGCUUUGCGCUCACUGAUUUCUCCUUCACUGAUGGUUGGAAAGUUCAAUCUUUGACAGGCACCAUUUUUGACGUUGAUCUAUCUGCUGGCGAGUUUGCAGAGUAUGAUGAGAAGGGGGAAUGCCCUGUUGGAAUAGUCAAUUUGCGAUCCAAAUUUAGCGUGGUGAAGAAGCAUGAGCGCCGUGGAGGAAAAGAUUUCUAUAUCUGAACUAAUGGUGAUACACUGCAACAGAAUUUUGCAAACUGUAUUAAGGCCCAUCUCAUAAACUCUUUAUGAUUUUUUCUUUCCCCAUAAUAUCAGGAUUACCCUAACAUCUUCGUUUAUAACAAGAAUCAUUUUACUGUU